GACCCUAACCAGGCGACACCAGAUGAUAUCACAGCUUCUGAUUCUAGCCACCAUGUCGUUGCUACAGUACAUUUCAGUGGUUCAAACGUUCAACGUUCAAUACCCACCAUAUACUCACCUUCGCUUGAACUACAACACUAUCAGACAAUAUUCACUCGACAUACAGGAUACUUUAUAGAGGCUUGAGGAGAACAGCGAUGCCAGUACCCAAACAGAUAAUCGAACAAAUUAAGAAGCUUAUCCCGCCUCUGAAUGGUUCACUACACAAAGGACAGUCCGGACGAGUUGGUGUGCUGGGGGGUGCUCUUGACUAUACAGGGGCGCCGUUCUUCGCUGCAAUGUCAGCCCAACGAAUUGGAGCCGACUUGUCCCAUGUCAUUUGUUCCCCUACUGCCGCUGGCGCGAUCAAGUCGUAUUCGCCAGACUUGAUCGUACACCCGAUCUUACAUGAGAAUCAAACGAUAGACAACUUGACACCAACGUUGUCAAGUCUUCUUUCGCGGUUACAUGUACUUGUCGUUGGGCCGGGGCUUGGACGCGAAGACUACAUGCAGAAAUUCGCAAGGUUGGCUGUCAACCUUGCCAAAGACCAGGGGAUGUACAUCGUGAUGGACGCGGAUGCACUACUACUCGUUGGAAGUGACCACUCGCUCGUCAAAGGCUACAGACGAGUGAUCCUCACGCCAAACGUCGUGGAGUUCAAGCGCCUCAGUGAGACAGUGGACAUCGAUCCUAAGAUACCUCCAGAGGACCGUGCCGCUCAUGUGUCCCGUGCACUCGGUGGAGUGACCAUAGUAGAGAAGGGCGCUCACGAUAUAAUUUGUACAAAUACUGGCGCUGCGACUGAGGAAGAUGCUAAGCUCAGUAGGGUACAACCAGGAGAAUCCACAGAAGAACAGGUCAUUGUAGACGUUCCCGGCGGUUUGAAACGAUGCGGCGGUCAAGGGGAUAUUCUCGGUGGUUGCAUUGGUACGAUUUUGGCUUGGGGGAAAUGCUUUGAAGAAGGUGCUUUCGGAGAUAAGGAUGUUCCAGUUUCUCGCAUUCCGCUGUUAGCUGCUACUGGGGGUUCGAUGGUAACGCGGACCGCCUCCAGGAGAGCUUUCGCAAAACAGGGACGCAGCGUCGUUACGGAGGACAUGCUUCCUGAGAUUGGGGGUGCGUUUGCAGAGCUAUUCGGAGCGGAAGGUGAGAAAGGUUGGGGUUCGAGCAACCCAGAAGGUAAAUUGUAUACUGUUACACGAUAUAGGAACUCAUUGUCUCUUUGUGUGGAAGAGUAGUGUACGGCCUAUAGCGACAAAUCAAGCUUUCAACUAACUUACUGACGCAUCAAAUAGGCUGCAUAUAGUAUGUUUCAAUACGGUUGUUCGUAUGUUCGUAUAUUACUAUUCAUACAUAUACAAAACGUCUAGAGAAUCUACAGCGGCCCAGCAACCUUCCUCCAACCCAAGCAAGCAGGCAGGCAGCAGAAAGAAUGAAGAAGAGGUAACAAAAAGGUAUAUAUACC